AUGGCUCCUGGUUUAUUGGCAAGCCCACUUUACAAUGAACAGAAUACGAAUCGUGUGAAAGUGGGUGUCGUCAAUGGAGUCGAUCCAAGAAUCAGGUUUGGUGGCACGAAACGUAAAUCAGAUUUGUUUUACGAUCUGGGUACCAGUGAUCUUCUGGAAAACGACGAAGAUAAAGAAGGUCAAAACCGUUCAAUCACAUCCUUCUAUUCUAAAAGAUAUUUGUCGAUUCUUGACAAUCCAAACUCUACUUGGCAGGAACCAGGCUUGACAGAUGUAUCUUUUGGGCAUAACAAGAUGAAAAGAUCAAAAAGCUUGCCUGAAUCGAGUUUCAACGAUACAUGUUCCUUAAAUGCUGGAAAUAUGACUAUCUAUCGGAGUAAGAGCAUGAAUAGCUUGCCUAAGCUUCGUUUUCGUGACCAUAUAUGGACAUAUACACAAAGGUAUUUAGAAGCCGAGGCCAUUGAGGACGCAAUUUCAGAGUACGGAACUGUUGAGGAUGAUGGAAAUAGAGACGGAAUGCAUUUAGUCCAAUUACUCGUUUCAUGUGCCGAAGCCGUUGCUUGUCGUGAUAAAACUCAUGCUUCGAGUUUGUUGGCUAAGCUUCGAGGUGACGCGCUUGUGUUCGGGUCAUCUUUCCAAAGGGUUGCAUCUUGUUUCAUGCAGGGGCUCACAGACCGACUGGCGUUAGUGCAACCAUUGGGUGCAGUCGGUCUGGUAGCCCCUACAAAAAACUUGAAUGUCAUCGCAUUAGAGAAAAAGGAAGAAGCAUUACGAUUAGUCUACACGACUUGCCCACACAUUCAAUUUAGUCACUUUGUCGCCAACUUAUCCAUAUUGGAAGCCUUUGAGGGAGAGAGUUAUGUCCAUGUCGUGGACCUAGGAAUGACACAAGGUCUACGACACGGACAUCAAUGGCGUGCGUUGAUCGAGAGUCUGGCUAGCCAGACUUCGACUCCACGUCGCCUAAGAAUCACCGCAGUCGGACCCUGCAUUAACCAGUUCGUUACUAUCGGUAACGAACUGGAGGCCUAUGCUCGAGAAAAGGGCAUAAAUUUCGAGUUUUCUACGGUGGAGAGCAGUUUGGAGACCCUUAAACCGGAGGACAUUACGACCUACAAAAACGAAGUUCUGGUUAUAAACAGUAUUCUCCAACUUCACUGUGUUGUAAAAGAGAGUCGUGGUGCGUUAAACUCGGUUCUACAAAUAAUCCACGAGCUUGCCCCGAAAGUCAUGGUUCUUGUUGAACAAGAUUCGAACCAUAACGGACCUUUCUUCAUAGGGAGGUUCAUGGAAGCACUACAUUAUUAUUCGGCCAUUUUCGAUGCACUUGAUGCGAUGUUACCAAAAUACAACACUAAACGGGCCAAAAUCGAACAGUUUUACUUUGCGGAAGAAAUCAAGAACAUUGUGAGUUGUGAAGGGCCUAAUAGGGUGGAAAGGCAUGAGAGGGUGGAUCAAUGGAGGAGGCGAAUGAGUAGGGCAGGGUUCCAGGCUUCACCGAUCAAAAUGGUGAGUAGAGCUAAACAAUGGCUUGCGAAGCUCGAGGUUUGUGAAGGGUACACCAUUGCGGAAGAGAAAGGUUGUCUGGUUCUGGGUUGGAAAUCGAAGCCCAUUGUGGCUGUGUCUUGCUGGAAACCUUAA